AUGGACACUCCCGAGGCACCCUCUAAAAUUAUGGACAGUCCUGAGGCACCCUCUAAAAUUAUGGACAGUCCUGAGGCACCCUUUAAAAUUAAGGACAGGACAGUCUUGAGGCUCCCUCUAAAAUUAUGGACAGUUUCGAGGCACCCUCUAAAAUUAUGGACAGUCUCAAGGCACCCUUUAAAAUUAUGGACAGUCUCAUGGCACCCUUUAAAAUUUUGGACAGUCCCAAGGCACCCUUUAAAAUUAUGGACCGUCCCGAGGCACCCUCUAAAAUUAGGGACAGUCCCGAGGCACCCUUUAAAA